AUGCGCUCGAAGAUCAAGGGACCCACGGAGACUCUAUGGUCUCCGCGGAAACUCUAUUGGUCCCCCCACGCCGAAGCUCUGCAUGCUGGCAAGCGACGCGCCCAUAUGAGCAUAACACGAUCGCGGCGAACACCAGGAGAAAGAAACGUGUUCGGUCUCCAAGGCUGGAAAUCAAGAACCAGACCCCGGUUUACCACUAGCCUAACAGCGCGUGAUUAA